AUGCUCGUUUCAGAGGAAGGGUUCAGAGACGAUGGAAGAAAGCAGAGGGAGUUUCGAAGAAUAGAAGUAGUCAAGAGCGUAUUUGAGGACUCUGGUAGGAUGGAGCUACGGCAAGGAAACACCCAGGUGUCUGUGGAGUGUGGAAAUGCAAAGGAAGGAAAAAAGCUGAAUGUUGUGGUUGAGUUCCUGUGUGUUUCAAGGCAAGAGGCUGUGACUGAGAAGAAGGUACAGGAGUACGAGAAUAUUCUUGUUGAUAUAUUCAGUCGGAUUGUCUUGCUUGAUUCUGGGCUUGGACUCAGAGUUGUUGUACGAGAAGAAGGCGGGUCGUUGCUUUCUGCAAUGGUUAACUGCAUUACGCUAUUUCUGUCAUACUUUGGGUUUCCAAUAAUUGAUCUGUGCUAUUCAUGCACGAUUGCAGAGGGCUGUAUUGACCUGUCGUCUAUAGAAGAAGGGCACCAGCACCUUGUUUUAACGAUUGCAUGCCUAAUAAACUCAGAAGAGGUUGUAUAUCUGGCACUGCAUGGAACAGCAUCAUGCAAGGAAUUCAAAAUGAACACAAAGGAAGCAAUUGAUGCAUGUGGCCUGCUGAAUGUACAUUUUAGAUCUGUAUUUCAUGCGUAG